UCCAUGGUGGUGGAGCGUAUUGAGCUCCCCAGAAUAAGCAUAGUGCGAGGAGCAGUGGACACAGUGUCAGUGUGUCUCCAACAGUGGCGCGAGGAACAUGUUUGUGGUCCAAGAAUCCCUAAAACACCAACCCAAAUGUCGGGUACAGCUGCAUGUCCAUUUGGAUGGUGCCAUACGGCACGAGACCCUCUGGGAGGUCAUGAGACAUAAAGGAAUGAAGCUGCCAGGCAGAGGCUCGCUUGCAGACCUAAAGACCGCUGUUCAGGUGCAGGAACCCAAAGAUCUUGGACUCUUUCUCAGAGGUUUUCAAAUCUUUUUGCCUGCCAUCGUAGGAGACCUUGCUGUCAUAGAAAGAAUAGCUUAUGAAUUUGUGGAAGACCAAGCCAAUGACUCUGUUGCCUACUGUGAAGCCAGAUUCAGUCCCCACUUGCUACUUCCAAGUGAGCAAAGUCAACCCAACUUACACAAUGAGGCAGAAGUACAACUAAAUGGCACAGUGGUUGGGAGUAAUGGAGAUUCCAUCAAUAAUGAAGUUACUGUGGAUUCUAUCCUAAUUGCUGUUCUGAAAGGUCUGGCACGUGGUGAGGAGGACUUUGGUACCAAAGUUCGAGUUAUCAUUUGUUGUAUACGAGGAAUGUCACAAUGGGCUUGGGACGUUCUUCGUUUGUGUGACGAGUACCGAGACAAAGGAGUUGUUGGUAUUGAUAUUGCUGGUGACGAGUGUGCAUCUCUAGAAAGUAAGGGCGAAUCUUCAAUGAAUAACCCUGUAGAUGUAGCAGUGUUUCAAGCAGCCAAAGAGAAAGGGAUUCAUCGUACAGUUCAUGCUGGAGAGGCGGGGCCUGCCGAUUGUGUUAGAUUGGCGGUGGAAGCAUUUGGAGCAGAGAGAAUAGGUCACGGUUAUCGUGUAAUAGAAGAUGAGAGUAUAUACCAAAUGUGCUUGAAGGAAAAAAUUCACUUUGAGGUCUGUCCUCAUUCAUCAUAUUUAACUGGAUCGUUAAAACAAUUAACAUCCCAUUCCAAAAGGCAUCCUAUUCUCAGGUUUGCGGAGGACGAAGCAAGCUUCAGCAUAAAUACCGAUGAUCCGACCAUUACUAACACACAACUGAAAGAUGAAUAUAGGCUCCUCUCUGAUUGGGGUUUCACUGAGGCACACUUCACACGUGCAAAUUUCCAAGGGGCUCUCCACUCAUUCCUGCCACCCGAAGAAAAGAAAGCUCUUGUGGAUCAACUUCGUGAAGCUUAUUGUAUUAUUGAUUACACACUACCUGCUUCAGCAUCUGUUUCACCAUCUGCCACGCGUGUGUCUACACCUCCACCAAAACCAAGUGUCACCUUUGGAACCUGGGCAGAGCGCUCUUAAAAAAUAAAAAAAUAAAAAUAAUAAUAGUGGGAUAAAAUAAUUGCUUAAUAUAUGAGCUUAGUUGUAACAUAUUUUUUUAAGACAUGUUAAUUUUGCUUUAUGCUCUUCAUUUUGUGUACAUUUGUAUAAAUGCCUUGUUGACAUUGUAUCUUAUUAUACUCUAAAUUAAUUAUAUUUCAUUUUAGGCUUUCCUAAUUACUGUAUUCUAAAAUUUAUAUUCUAGUUAUAAGCAGCAUCAAGUUACAGAGGACCACUUGCUUUGCGAAUGCCUCGGGGAUGAGACCCAUCGGUUACCAUGUAAGUUCGUAAACGAGAAAUCGUGAGUGGAAAACGAAAAAGUUAGUGGGAAAUGAAAAAGAAAACGUGAGUUGGAUUGGGUUGUUAUAAAUAGGAGCUGCCUCGUAUGGGCCUAUAGGCCUUUUGCAGUUGCUUUUGUUCUUAUGUUCUUAAAUGUAGGGAAAAAAUAAAUGAGAAAUGUUGGGAAAAAAUUUACUGGUUCAUAGAAUAAAUGUGACAGUAUUUUGUUUAAACUCACCAAUAAAAGAGGUCCUGAUCCACUUGUUAUAUUCAUGAUCAUUGUUGAUGGAGCAUAGUUAUUUACAUGGAAGAGGUGGUGGUGAAUGUUGAUGGUGUUGGGUUGACUGAAGUGGAGAUUAAUUGUGAUGAGGUAACCUCAGAUGUUGACGCAUUUGAGUCAACAUGUGAUGAGUCAGGUGCAGAUGGGGCAAUGCGAGCUUUCUUGGAAGCCUCCCUCCCACCCCUCACUGCUGCUCUUCUUCGUCACCUCACACUUCUGUUUGAACCACUCCCACACUGCAUUAUUAACACUUUCCACUUUUGCUUUACUUACUACCUUUCUAUAUCAUAUUGCGUUAUCACUUUCACUUCUAGAGAAAUAGUAAAAAUUGACAGGUUUAGCCUUAAGAAGAUAAAAAACAGUACUUUUAAUGCCAUAUUCAGCGCACAUGACACUUCUCGGGACUCCGCUCUCCAUCUUCUUAGUUAUUUCAACUUUCUUCUCAAAUAUCAUCACUGACCUCCUCCUUUUACGUAUCCCGCUUGUUGAUGGGUUUCACUGACACAAUGCAUGCAUUUGGAGCUGACAUGGUGCACGGAUGUUCCUAGAUUGUGCACGUAUAUCCAACAAAAGUCACAGAAUGAACACUCCAGUCUUGUAACAAAUCGAAACAGUGGGCUAUAAUAUAUGACUUCACAGGGUAGAAGGCACUAGAGUGGUGCCUGACAUGGUCAGUGGGCAAACUAGGCCAUCUCCCACCCAUUACUCUCCCAGGCCAGCGCGAGGUCUGGCAGACCGCUUCCUUGCUUCCCGAACUUAGUUUGGGAACCAUGAAACCCCAACCUCGAUCGUGAAACUGGAACUUUCGGAUAACUUAAGUUUGCAAACCAAGUGGUUCUCUGUAAUAACUUUUGAAUUAAUAUAAAAUGCUAUUGUUGCACCUUGGCAAGGACUUUUAUUAAUUUCUAAAUCUUUUUCUCGAGCAUUGUUUGUGUAAUGUACAUAAUGCAAUGAUUUGUACUUUUACUGUUAUAGUUCAGGUACCUAAUCUGGGAACUGCUCGAUAGGAACAACUUACUGAAGUGAGAUAAAUAUAGUAUGUGUAUGGCCAAUCCAAUGUUAAGUACAGUUAAUACAACUGAGAACAAUAUCAUCAUCAAAAGUUGGUAACUCAUCAUACUAGUAAUUAAAGUCAGGAAUUUAUCACUAUUGCCCUUGACAACCACUUGCCACCAUCACUGAACCUUGUCAGAACUCUACAUACAAUAGGAACCCCUCUAUUUUAAUUAAUCAUAUCUAGUACUAACUUGAAUCCUUUGCCAUCAUUUUCUCCAACAGAAAGGUAGACAAUGGGCUUGUUUUCAUUGACAAUUACUAUAUCAAAGUGUGUGUGUGUGCAAUGCUGAAAUAAUUGUCCAAUCAGUAAUGUCAAAGAAAUAUCAGGGUAGCUAACUGACAAAAAUUUUAAUUUGACAUUCUGUCCAGCUCUCCAGGAUUUCUCCCAUCAUCUGAACACUUGAACUGGUCGAUACUCCCAGAGAGAAAUUAUUGUUUGUUGUUGAACAUGUGGAACUGUCAUUACUCAUGUUAGGGAAAGACUUGAUGUAAUUGAAAUUUGGUGAUAUGUGAGUCUGCAAAAGGUUCCGGGAUGUCCUCAACAACACUACUGUUGAAUAUGUGUGCUCUGUCGAAGAUACAGUAAGAGGUGUUCUGCCCAAACCCGGCCUUGGGCCGAGUUUGGGAAAGUAGAAGAACUCCCAGAACCCCAUCAAGCAGGUGUCUUGGGUUUGUAGAUUGUGGAGCGCAAACUUUUAGUAUAGAGAAUUCAUACCUAUAAUUGAUGUUGGUAAAGAGAGAAACUGACUACUGUUUCCACUGCAAAUCUUAAGACUUGAAGAGAAACUCAGAACUGCUCACAGAUAAUCCACUGAUUACAGAAUAUCAUUUCACAUCACCUUAACAUUUUUUUUUUUACCAUGAUCUUUCCUUCCCACGGUGGGUGGUCACAUGGACAAUGUUUAAGUGCUUUGGUCACUGACUGUCUUGUUAAAGAUAUUGCUCAAGUUGUAGAAGCAUUAUAUUUGCCUAGAGUUUGACCUUUCAAUUGUUCGUUAUUAUGAUACUUGAAGACUUAGUAUUAUGAAUAAACUAAUUCUAUAAGAGAAACAUUGAAGCAAUUAUGCAAGAGAUGUAAAGACAGAGGAAGUUUUCAUCACUUAAGUUACAAUAGUUAAUUAUUGGAAGAAAUAAUAUGUUGAGUCACUCAUGUGGCCCUAGUGCAUAUUAUUGGUUUUAAAGAUGCCUGUUUUAGUGUGGUUUUUUCUAUUUACAUAUUUUGAGGGUUCAUAGAAUUUUUUCUCUUGUAUUAAUAUGUCAGUACUUCAUGUCUAACCUUGUGGAAGAACAGUUGGUUUUAGAUUAAAUUAUCAAUUUGCUCAAAUGGAUGAUUUUUUCCUCUUUAUCAGAGCAAUAAUAGGAGCAUAGCUUUCAUUGGCUCUAUUAAUUAAAUUUUGGCCCCAUCAUAUUGGGUGCUUUUACUGGAAAAGAUACUUAAUACUUAGUCCUCAAAGGAUAUUAAUCUACAACUAGUACAGUACUGUUAAAGGUACUUGUGUACAAUAAAUUUUCUUUUAAUCGUUGUAAAUGAAUAACGGCUAGUUUAUCCAACGUAAAAUUUUUAUUGCAGUUAGUCAAUGUAGCAUAAGCAGUCACUUAUGUGAGGACUGUUUUGGUGCUAAUAAUGUUUAAAACAUUAUUCUUCAGGGAAUGCUUGUUACAAACAGUAUAUAAGUGAACAUUUAUUGUUAACUGUUGAUUAGAAUAUUUUACUAACAAAUCAUGCUGCUGCAUAAAUUAUUGAUCAAGCAUAAUCCAAAUGUGAAUUAUGCAUAGUUGAGAACUUUAUAAUAAAGUGACAUUAAAUUUUAUAUGAAAACUUUGUAGUUGUGAAAUAAAUUACAAAAAAAAAAUUCUCCAAAACUAAUUUUAAGAUAAAUAUCCUUCCCCUGGCAAGAUGGCAAGUCUAAUGUCUUAGUCUCAUCUCUGACAAGACUUAUGCUUUUGUGGUGCAUUGCUAUGGCCUGCCCUUCUUCCCAUCUUCUAUUCCAGAACAAAUUCCAAGUUCUGGCUGGAUCCUGAAACCUCCACUAGUUCACCUAUUGCCCUUCUGCAGUCUGAUGCAAAAAAAUGUUUCUCUUAAUUCUCUAUUGUCAUUGUUCACACUUUCUUCCCAGCUUUUUCCUUGCUACUCGACCUCUGUACCUUUCUUUCAACGAUGCGAGCUCCUCGGGUUGGGCGGUAGAGUGACAGCCUCGCUUCAUGCAGGUCAGCAUUCAAUCCCCAACCGUCCAAGUGGUUGGGCACCAUUCCUUUCCCCCGUCCCAUCCCAAAUCCUUAUCCUGAUCCCUUCCAAGUGUUAUAUAGUUGUAAUGGUAUGGCACUUUCUCCUGAUAGUUUCCUUUCCUUUUCCUCUUACUCUGUUCUUUCCAUUGGCCCUUUCCUCUGCCUUUUGCCUUUCCCUGGACAAUGGUCAUCCAGGCUAGUGCUCACCACCUCAUUGAUCUCCACCAGAGACUGUUUUGGCAAUCAUGUAGCACUUUGAAUUUACAGUGUUUUUUGUCUUCCAGUCAGAAGCCUUGAGAUUUUGAUUCCUUUAAGCCAACUACUUUUUAUGUAUCAACUUUUGUUAUUUGUGGUGACUCUUGCAGUGCCCUCAUGACUAAGCCCUUAACCCUUUUCAUCUUGUAAUGGUUGAAAUCCAGCACUGGUGUUUUCAUCAUUAAUAAAUUAAUAACAGUUCAAAUUUUGCUGCGAACCCAGCCAUAGUAUUGGUAUUACCUUUAAUGAACUUGCAGACUGCUGCUAUGAUUGAUGGCCAUUCAUGCAUGUCGCAGAAGGAUUCCUUAUUUGGAUUUCUACCCAGUUAUUUAUACAGCAAUCUUCAACCGUUGGUAUGAUUAAUGCAUACUAUUAAAUGUAACUUUUCCCCAUGACUUUCCUCCUCCUACUGUAAUAGAUUGAUGGAGGUGGCUCUAAAUAAACUGUGUAUUGGCCACAUAUGUUGAGCUCUUGGACAUUUUGAUAAAAUAAUGCCCUACUUCUUAUUGUCCUGCUUACUGUCUUGUACCUCCUAGUAGAAUGUCGGAUACCCAAUUCCAGCACCAGGGAUUUAUUUGCCAAGAAGUGUACCACAUUUUGUAGUCUUUAUAUAGUAGAUCCUUAUGUAAUAUAAUUUUCAUUUAAUGACCAAAAAUUUAAAUUACACGCACUCACUACAUGCUUCCCUGUUCACCCCAGAAAAAAACCAAGACUACUAACUUCUCAGUCCACAUACACCCAUUCACUAAGACAUAAUAAGGGUUAACCCAUAUUAUCUGUUAAGUAGACAUGCUUCGGUUAAUAGGGUUGGAGAAUCAGAAAUUUCAAUGUGAAAUUCUAUAAUCAGGAACAUAGGAUUCUGAAUAAUAGGGGUUUCUACUGUGUUUGUGGUAGAACAUAAAAAUGGGAAGGGUGUUACAUGUAGAAAUUAUGGUUAUAUUAUUAGUCAUAUAUGCAGUAAUGAAGUAAUAAAUCAGUAUUUAAA